AUAACUUUUAAAAUUAAUUUUAAUAGUAUCUGUUUAAAAUAUGUUGAUAAUCUACAAAUCUAAAUUGUUAAGUCACAGCUACUCUUUGCCACACUCCUGUCUAUGUCGAUUCGGCUUCGGCUUCUUUCCGUUUUUAGUUGUAUUUAUUCGUAAUACCGCUCGUUCAUAUCGUUUGUUAGCUUAAUAUUAAGGAUAUGAUGGUAAUGGAUGAAUAAUAUAUAUAAAAAUGAAGUCCGUUGUGGCUUACGUGCGCAGUCUUCUUGGUUGGUGCGAUAGUGAACAAUCUUUGAGAACAAACUUGAAACGCGACAGGGCGGAUGACGAAUCGUCCUCUGAUGAUGAUUUGCCCUCGUUAAAAAGGUUCAGACAAUUGAGGAAGACCAAUUUUCCAGAUGUCAUGUCAACAAACGAUCUUUCGGAAAUCAAGACUGUUAAGCCAGCCAAGAAUGUACGAUAUGUUCCGAUUCAGAUAGAAUCUGGUCACCCCAGUACUUCAACCCCUAAUGUGUUACCUGUAAGAACACCAACAAGGUUGCGAUUGGUAUCAGAUAUAGUUGGAGAUGUCAAUAAGAAUGGCUCAACAUAUUUAUUGAAAUCUAAGGUUAGGAGUCCUGUGAGACAGGUGGUACAGGCUGUGGUAGAUGAUAGUGACGAGGAUGAGGAACCAAAGGUAUCAUGGGUUGAAAGCAAACCAGAUACCAAAAAGACAGUAUACAUUAAUUUAGAUGAAGAUGAAAUAGAGAAAGAAGAUGAUGUUAUUCUGGUCAGAGAAGUAUCUCCACCACAACCGGCAAAACAAUACAAAUAUGUUUUAUCUAAUAAUGAGGAACUUGGGUCCAAAAGUAAUAAGCAGUAUUACAGGCUCACAAAAAUCAAAGAUAAAGAGGAAAAAACAUCACCAAGAAUCCACAGCUUGAAAACACACGGUGGGAUCAGUAAAUCUUACAAGAAGGUUACUCCUCUUCCCAAUUGGAUGCAAAAACAAAAUUUAAAUCUUUCUCCGAAAAGAAAUAGAGUCUCAAACCUGAAUGGAAACGGUAGAACAAUGCUGUCUGAAGUGUUUAACUUACAUGAAAAACGUAAUUACCAAGAAUUAAUUAGGCGUGUUGCAACCAGCACCACACCUUUGACAUUUAGUAAACCUGUGGACAUAAUAAAUUUAGCAGAAGAAACUGCAUCAUUUCGCAACACUUUAAAAUCGCAGAAAAGAUCAUUGAAUGAAUUAAAGUUAUUGGAAAAAGAUCUUAGUAUUAACAAAGAGAAUCAAGAUGCAGAGGAAUAUGAUCCUGUUACUGUGGCUUCACUUAAUCUGUCAGAUUCCGAUGUUGAAGUUGUACCAUCUGAGUGCUCAACCACAUCCUCAACGAAAAUAACUCCUGUGAAUUCUUUGCGUGACUCAUUGAACGAUAAAGAUAUCACAGCCAAAGACUGGCUACCUAAAUUACAUGAUAAAUAUAAAAAGAAGAAAGAAUAUACCAAUAAAAAAAUAGAAAAUGCCCGUAGAGAGUCUGACAUCAUAUCUAAAGUAAACCAUGAACAAAGCAUAGCACUUAUAGCUAAUAAGUUUAAAUAUGAAUUAAGUUUACCGGAGAGUUUAAUUGAGGAAGUUCCAGCAACUCCAGAUUUUCCUAAAUUGAGUCCAGAACAAGAGCAACUGAUCAAAAGGGCUCUAGGACCAGGACCAUUGGACCAGGUGUUUGUGCAAAAAUUCCGUAUGAGUAUCCGCAGGCGAGAUCUACAAACGUUGUCUGGCCUGAACUGGCUAAAUGAUGAGGUGAUCAACUUCUACAUGGAGUUGAUAACGCAAAGGAGUGAGCAACGCCCUGACUUACCCAAGGUUCACCACUUCAACACUUUCUUUUAUCCUAAACUGAUGCGACAGGGUCAAGCCGCCUUGCAGCGUUGGACUAAGAAGGUGGACAUUUUCUCGAAAGACAUAAUCUUGGUGCCAGUUCACUUGGGUGUACACUGGUGCAUGAGCAUAGUGGACUUGCGGGCGAAACACAUUUCCUACCUGGACAGCAUGGGCGGCAGCAACCAGCCCUGCCUGGAUGCAUUGCUGCAGUACCUGCGUGAUGAGCACCAGGACAAGAAGGGGCAGCCCUUUGAUGAUAAAGACUGGAAAACUGAAAACUUGAAGAACAUUCCGCAGCAGAUGAACGGCAGCGACUGCGGCAUGUUCGCGUGCACGUUCGCGGAGUUCGCGUGCCGUGACGAACCUUACAGCUUCACGCAGGCCCACAUGCCUUACCUCAGGCGGAAAGCGGCUCUUGAGAUACUGCGGGCAGAGCUACUCCUCUAAGUGACAGUGCAGUUUGUGUUUUUGUGAAUAUAAUGUUAUAACAAUAUGAAUAUUCUCGUUGUGUCCAAGUGUACUAAGGUGAGUGGCGAAUAUAUAUUCAUGGUUCAAUUUAUUUGUAAACUCAAAUCCUUAUCAAUAUUGUUGUAUUAUAUAAUGACACUUUUACUGUCACAGCUGUUGUACAAAUGCUUCUUAUUCCAAUAGUUGUCACAUAAUAUUGUAUUGUUUAGCAAACCAUUAACUUUACAAUCAAUGAGUUAAUCAACUUAACUUUCUUAUCCUUAGUAUGCUUAUAAGGCUACUUCAAGAGCAGACUCAGUGCCCAUCUCUUACUAAAAAGAAUAUGAAUAAACAAUCAAAACUGGGAAAAGUAGUCAUUUUAUCAAAAUUGAAUUGAAUUUUCUGUAGAACAUAUUUUAAACUCAACUAAAAAUACAUUUUUUCCCAUCUGAAUGAAAAGUUCACUUUUGGUCCCUGGUCCAAGGGACGAAAGUACCAGACUUCUCUCCCAGCAAGACGACCCUCACUUUAACUCCCGGUAACCUAACAACCAUUAGUUUGUCAAAACAAAUAUGAAGAUUUUUAUCCAGAUGAAAAAAAAAAUGUAUAUUCACCACAGGGAAAGUAGGACAUUGUUAUCCGUGAUUGAUAAUAAUCCGCGAGAAUGUCCAACGUCCUGUUGUAAAUAAAAGACAACAAUUAUGUUUUUGUUUGUUCUACUGACAGGAAAUUAAAAUUAAUAUACCACUUU